AUGGCUUCACAAACCAACACUGAGAAAUUCGAGGCAUCAAUUAUCUUGAUAAAAGAUAUUCUAAAAUCAAAUGAUUUUACUAUUCGUCAAGAUAUUAAUUCUCUUGUUUAUGGUUCUUUAGAUCUUGUUAUUGAUAAUGGAGCAUCUGCUACUACAACUUCUGAUCUCAAUUAUAUGUUGAAUGAUCCAUUAUUCAAUGAGAUUCUAGAUGAUCUUAAAAGAUUACUAUCAAAUCAACAAAGUCACGAAUAA